ACAAGAUCACUACAAGUAGUAUUAGCUUCACAAUCAGAGGAACAUCUGAUUCUUAUGCUUCUCCUAUACUUAAUGCCUUUGAGAUGUUCAGAGUCUUCCCACAGCCAAAUUCUCCUACAAAUUCACAAGACGUUAAUGCCAUCAUGGACAUCAAGCGUACUUACAGGAUCUCCAAAGUAAAUUGGCAAGGGGACCCAUGCGUGCCGACUGACUUUGCAUGGGAUGGUGUGAAUUGCAGCCGUGCAAACGACGAGACAAGAAUUAUUUCAUUUAAUGUCACUGGAAACAAGCUCACAGGUCCAGUUCCCAAGGAUUUAAGGGAAAAUCCUAAUUUAAAGCUCAGUGCAGCCAAUAAUCCUGGCCUCUGUCAGACAGAUUCAUGCGACAACAACCAAAAGUUUGUAAUCCCUCUUGUUGCAUCAGUUACAGUUUUUGUUCUAAUUACCAUUGCUUCUUUGAUGAUUUGGAGACUCAGAAAGAAAAGACAAGAACCCCGAAGCGUGGAAAUUCUGAAACAAAAGAAUCGAGAAUUUUCUUACUCACAAGUUCUUCAUAUCACCGACAAUUUCAAAACUCUUAUUGGAGAAGGAGGAUUCGGGAAAGUUUACCUUGGCACUUUGGAAGAUAAUUCUCAAGUUGCAGUAAAAUUACUUUCAGAAUCAUCAAAGCAAGGAUACAAGGAGUUUCAAUCAGAGGCUCAGCUCUUGACGGUUAUUCAUCACAGAAACUUGGUUUCACUUGUUGGUUAUUGUCAUGAAAAUAACAUGAAGGCAUUGAUUUAUGAAUAUGCGAAUAAUGGAGACCUUGGCCAACUGUUAUCAGAGAGAAACUCAAAUGUUUUGAAGUGGAAUGAGAGACUUCAAGUAGCAAUUGACACAGCAAAAGGAUUGGAAUAUCUUCAUACUGGUUGUAAGACUCCUAUAAUCCAUAGAGACUUGAAACCAUCCAACAUUUUAUUGAAUAAAUCCAUGAUAGCUAAGAUUGCUGAUUUUGGACUGUCCAAAGCGUUUACAAACGAAGAAGAUUCUCAUCUAUCCACUCAACCAGCUGGUACUCUUGGUUAUAUUGAUCCGGAAUUUCAAAGAUCUGGACAACUAAGUAAGAAAAGUGAUAUCUAUAGUUUUGGGAUGAUUCUUCUUCAACUCAUAACAUGUCGGCCUCCAGUAAAAAGAGAAAUUGAAGAUGUCAGUUUCAUUAUUGAUUGGAUUAAGCCUAAAAUUGAAUGUGGGGAUAUUGAAGGCAUUGUGGAUCCAAGACUUGAAGGAGCGUUCCAUGUUAGUUCAACGUGGAGAGCUAUUGAAGUAGCAAUGUCAUGUGUCCUACCAAAACCUACCCAAAGGCCGGAUAUAAGUUUCAUGUUGCAAGAACUACAGGAAAGUUUGGCUUUGGAUAAUACUCUCACAAAUAGUAGUUUGCAUGAUUCUGCUGUGAACAGUGAAUUAAUCACUCUCGUCUCUGCUAGGUAGUCACUAUAUAUAUCUCUCUUCUAAACAACACUAUAAUUGUAUGCAUUUAAGGAUCAUUAUCCAUCUCUCCUCUUUAAAUGAUAUCAGAUUGUUUAAUUGUAUGUAGUCAGUACAUAUAGGUUGGUUUGUAUAUAAUAA